GUCCCCGUGCGUUGCAAAAUCGGAUGGCCUCUUUUGUCCUGCCACACCCCGCAUGGGGCUUCGCUCCACACCACUCCAACUACUCCUCCAAAACCCUAAUCGCCCCUUCGCGAAGCUCCAAACCCUUCAAACCCUCCUCCCCCGCCGCCGCCGCCGCCGCGGCGGCGCCGGAGGGGGGCGGCGGAGGAGGAGGCCCGCCCGAGGAAGCCCCUCCUGACCCGCUGAAGCUCGCGUUCGCCAAAGCCGCGGCUUAUAAGAAGGCGAAGAUUUCAAGCGCUGCACAAACCCAGGAGCAAACCCUAGCUCUGAAUCGGAGCAAUGGAGGCGAUGGUGGUGGUGGGAAGGAGGCGGAGGCCCCGGAUACGGCGAAGCUCGCCAUGGAGAGGGCGAGGGAGUACAAGACUAGCAAAGGGGCCACCAAUGGGGGUGGAGAUGCUUCUGUUGAGAAAUUAACUACAAAUUCGGUUUGGGAUCUACAAAGCUUAGUGAAGAAAAACAAAAAGAAAAGAAAAGAAGAUGAGCAUUGUCAAGAACUGCAGACUUCAAGUAUAUCAGCGGAUGGUCGUGUCGAUAAGAAGGUUAGUAAGAAGGAAGAGUCAAAGAUUUCCAAAAUUGACUUUUUGGGGCUUGAAUUUUCUGAGAAGAAAAGAUAUAGAGGUGCGCCGCCUGGCUUGGCUCCCAUCGUAGAUCCUUUUACGGAUGGAGAUGUGCGUGAAGUAGAGAUUAUUGUUGGGGAUUCGACUAAGUUUGAAAACACUGCACCAUCAAAAGUGACAGACUCAGAAAAAGAUGACAACACAGGAUUGUACAAGCCCAAAGUUUCUACCUGGGGUGUUUUUCCAAGGCCUGGCAACAUCUCGAAGACGUAUGGUGGUGGAAGAAAUAUUCAGCCUGGGCAAGUGCUUGAAGCAGCUGAGGAUAGAGCAAAAAAGGAAAAGCGUACAGAAGAAUUUAUUGCUGCUUAUAAAAGUAAGAUGGGCUUGACAAUAGAUCCAAAAAUAAAAGCUGCGUGUGAAAAGGCUCUGAAGGAAGGUGAUAAGUUGAUGGGUGUUGGAAAGCUCAGAGAAGCACUACCUUUUUAUGAGAAAGUAAUGAAGGAUUUGGUCUUUCAGAGCGAGCUUCACGGAAUGGCUGCUUUGCAGUGGUCUGUAUGUCAAGAUUCACUCAGCAGGCCAAAUGAAGCUAGGGUCAUGUAUGAGAAGCUCCAGUCUCAUCCGAAUGUUCAAGUGAGCAAGAAGGCCAGGCAAUUCAUGUUUAGCUUUCAGGCAAUGGAGAUGAUGAAAGUCACAAGCUCGCCGCUGCCACGAACAACAGGGUAUGAAACAUACUUUGAUGCAUUCAUAGAGAACAAAGAUAACUACACUGCUGCAGAAGAGGAGCAAAAUGAAGGUGGAGUAAAUCAAAUAUUCCCAUAUCUCAUAUUUCUGGUGUCUCCAAUAUUUAUUGUUCUUUUUAUUGCUGCAAGAAAAUCCUUACAAUUAUAGAUUAAGACCAGAAGAGGCCACAAUAUACCACUCAAUUCUUUGUAAAUUAUUUCUAUAUGUUAUAUUGAGGAACUUUUUAAAUUCAAUAGUAAAUCCAUUAGAUUUAACUGCCA